AUGUUUUUUUGUAUAAUAGACGAAAUAUUUUCACUGUUUCAGAAUCACAGUACCCAUAUCGAAGUAGACAAUGAGGGAAAGCAUCGGAAAAAUAGUAAUUCACACGAAAUCGAAUUGGUCGAGGUGACAAGAGAGGGACACGAACGAGCCGAUCCAGGUCAGUUCGAGUUGCUUAAAGUUCUCGGUCAAGGUUCGUUUGGAAAAGUCUUCCUAGUCCGAAAAGUAGUCGGUAAAGAUAAGGGAGUCCUGUACGCCAUGAAGGUAUUAAAAAAGGCGACGUUGAAAGUGAGGGAUAGGGAAAGAACGAAAAUGGAGAGAAAUAUUCUAGUCGACGUUCGGCAUCCAUUCAUUGUCCGAUUUAGCAGCAGCAGCAGAAGAAGAAAAUGUCUCAAUCACAGUACUCAUAUCGAAGUAGACAAUGAGGGAAAGCAUCGGAAAAAUAGUAAUUCACACGAAAUCGAAUUGGUCGAGGUGACAAGAGAGGGACACGAACGAGCCGAUCCAAGUCAGUUCGAGUUGCUCAAAGUUCUCGGUCAGGGUUCGUUUGGAAAAGUCUUCCUAGUCCGAAAAGUAGUCGGUAAAGAUAAGGGAGUCCUGUACGCCAUGAAGGUAUUAAAAAAGGCGACGUUGAAAGUGAGGGAUAGGGAAAGAACGAAAAUGGAGAGAAAUAUUCUAGUCGACGUUCGGCAUCCAUUCAUUGUCCGAUUGUUUUACGCUUUUCAAACGGAUGGAAAAUUGUACCUGAUAUUGGAUUUUUUAAGGGGAGGAGAUUUAUUCACGAGACUUUCGAAAGAAGUUAUGUUCACGGAAGAAGACGUUAAAUUUUAUUUGGCCGAAUUAGCGUUAGCUUUAGAUCACAUACAUUCUCUCGGAAUCAUUUACAGAGAUUUGAAACCGGAAAACAUACUUUUAGACGCCGACGGUCACAUUUCAUUAACGGAUUUCGGAUUAAGUAAGCAACCGUUGGAAGAACCGACGCCCAAAACGUAUUCAUUUUGUGGCACAGUUGAAUACAUGGCGCCGGAAGUCGUUAACCGGAAAGGACAUUCAUUUGCCGCCGAUUGGUGGUCUUUCGGAGUGUUAAUGUUCGAAAUGCUGACGGGAUCUUUACCAUUUCAAGGAGCCAACAGAAAGGAAACGAUGACGAUGAUAUUAAAAGCGAAACUCGGAAUGCCGCAAUUUCUAUCGCAAGAAGCUCAAUCCCUUUUGAGAGUUCUUUUCAAAAGGAAUCCUUUGAAUCGAUUAGGCGCGGGUCCCGAGGGAAUAAAGGAAAUUAAAAAUCAUUCGUUUUUCGCGACCAUAGAUUGGGAAAAAUUAUUCAACAAGGAAAUUCAACCGCCUUUCAAGCCGGCGGUGUCGAGAGCAGACGACGCGUUUUAUUUCGACAGCGAAUUCACGUCGAAAACUCCUCGAGAUUCUCCAGGCGUACCUGCGAGUGCCAACGCUCAUGAAUUAUUUCGGGGAUUUAGUUUUGUGGCUCCCUGUCUUUUGGAAGAAUCAUCGUCGGAUGCCGACGUACCGGAAAAAGUCAAUAAUGACUGCCUUUCGAAACAAUUAGCUUUUGUCAAAUCAACAUCAAUACAAGAUGAAUACGAGUUGAGAGAAGAAAUCGGUAGAGGAAGUUAUUCCGUUUGCCGCAAGUGCCUCCACAGAACUACGAAAAUCGAAUACGCGGUUAAAAUGAUCGAUAAGAGCAAAAGAGACUGUCAAGAGGAAAUUGAAAUACUUUUACGAUACGGUCAUCAUCCGAACAUAGUCACGCUCCGAGAUGUUUACGAAGAUGAAAGAUACGUUUAUCUCGUCAUGAUUUUACUAAGAGGAGGCGAACUAUUGGAAAGGAUACUCAAAUUAAGAAUGUUUUCAGAAAGGGAAGCUGCCAAUGUAAUGCACGUCAUUGUUUCAACCGUACAAUAUCUUCAUAAUAACGGAGUAGUUCAUAGAGAUUUAAAACCUUCUAAUCUUCUUUACGGGUCGGAACAAGGCAACGCGGAAAGUCUCGUCAUAUGUGAUUUUGGAUUUGCCAAACAACUUCGAGCAGACAACGGUUUACUCAUGACUCCUUGUUACACGGCUAAUUUCGUGGCACCAGAAGUUCUCAAGAGGCAGGGUUACGACGCCGCAUGUGAUAUAUGGUCGUUGGGAGUCAUACUCUUCACGCUUUUAGCCGGCCACGCUCCGUUCGCCGGCGGACCGAUGGAUACUCCGGCCGAAAUACUUAAACGCAUCAGCAACGGAAAACUAGACCUGGAAUCGGGGAAUUGGUCGUGCGUGUCAAACGAAGCCAAAGACCUUGUCCGUAAAAUGCUGCACGAGGAUCCUCAUCGUCGUCCCACGGCCGGACAAAUCCUUCAAAAUCCCUGGAUAGCACGUCGAGCUUUGCUCCCCGCGAGACGUCUCAUCGUUCAAGAUGCUCUCUCUCUCAAAGGCACCGUGGCAGCUACGUAUCGGGCCAUUAGUCAAUCCCCUCGUGCUCCCGAUCUCGGUCCCGUAGUCAUGUCCGAGCUGGCAAGAAGAAGGAGGAAAUCCCGGCCGAAAUCCACAUCGACGGAUCCAUAA